UAUGGAUGUUUCUCUGCAGGUUCCAGCCAGCAGUUUGAGACUUAGAAGAAAAAACAUUUGAGGAGCUGGAAGUGGAUUACAGGAGGCAUAAGAAGCAACUAUUGUGAAAGAAAAGAAGAAGCAUAAGUGGGAAAAUCGCAACGAUGGGGAGGAAAAAGAUUCAGAUUGCACGAAUAAUGGAUGAGAGGAACAGACAUGUGACAUUUACAAAGCGCAAGUUUGGCCUGAUGAAGAAAGCCUACGAGCUGAGCGUGCUGUGUGACUGUGAGAUCGCUCUCAUCAUCUUUAACAGCACCAACAAGCUGUUCCAGUACGCCAGCACCGACAUGGACAAGGUUCUGCUCAAAUACACCGAGUACAACGAGCCGCAUGAGAGUAGGACCAACUCGGACAUUGUGGAUGUAAGGAAACGAUACACACACACACACACAUACACUGAUAAUGUGGAAUGGAGAUGGUUAGAAAAGAUCUUUUAACAUCUGAUGGAAUAUUAUCUACUGAGCUUUAUGUGUCUUUAAAGCACAAACUGUAAGGUUUAGGAUUAGGAUUUCAACAGUUUCUUUUGUUGUUGUAUUUAUGAUGAUGAUAAAAAAAAUACACUCUCCCAUUUGCCAAGUGAUCAAGUUUGUAAUGUAGGAGGUGCAUGUUUUAAUUUUUGUUUUGAAGCUUUUACAGCCUGUGCCCUCACAGGCUUUUCUGCUCAGAGCAAGUACAAUUUAUUCUUGGUCCAACAUUUAAUUAUUUUUUCCCAUGAUCCUUGAGAUGUUUUUAAAAAAAAAAGAACUAU